GUUAUUUUCACAUGAUUUAUCACUGUUGUCUUUGACUUCUCAAUUUUCCUAGCACCUCAGGCCGACUACAGGUUGGAAAAAGUAGGGACCAUGUUUAGGUUGUUCAUUGAUCUAUCAGAAGUUAGUACAUAGAAAGCUAAUAAUACUUCUUUGAAUGAAGGAAUGAGUAAUUAUAAUUAUAUGGUUUUCCAAUUACACUGCCUCCUUCAAAUAAUUUCCAAACUCCUAAUAGCACAGUGAAUUAUCAGAGAAUACAAUUGUAGCGAUUCCUCUGGAAGACAACACAUGGUGGCGCUGCAAGCUAAGGUUUAAAACUUAAAAAAAAAAAAAAAAAGAACAGGAACAGCUACAAACCCGACUUCCGAUCUAUAGCUGAAGAGAAAGCCGGUACGCAGAGUUCCGAACGAGUACAUCAUGCUACUCACCAACAUUUCCGGACAGGUUAUCAACUGAGAGAUCCACCACUGUCCCUAAGGUAGAGCUGGGCCCUGUUUCUGGACAGGUGUUUGUGGAAGUAAAGAUGGAGGCCGGAGGGGAGUGCUUUCCUAAACAAAGGCAAGUCCUGAUUCUCUUUCUCGUGUUGGGAGUAGCUCUGGCAGGCUGGGAAUCUCGUCGCUAUUCCGUGAUGGAGGAAACCGAGAGUGGCUCCUUUGUGGCCAAUCUGGCCAAGGACCUGGGACUGGGAGUGGGGGAGCUAGCAGCGCGGGAAGCCCGAGUAGUCUCCGAGGAUAACAAACCCCACUUGCAGCUUGAUCUGCAGACGGGGGAGUUGAUAUUAAAUGAGAAACUGGAUCGGGAGGAGAUGUGUGGCCCCGCAGAUCCAUGUGUAAUGCAUUUCCAAGUGUUGCUGAAAAAACCACUGGGAGUAUUUCGAGCUGAGCUACUGGUGAGAGACAUAAAUGAUCAUUCUCCAGAGUUUCCUGAAAGAGAAAUGACUCUGAAAAUCCUGGAGACUAGCCCUCUGGGGGCCAGGUUUCCUCUGAAAAAAGCCCAGGAUUUGGACGUGGGCACCAACAACAUCCAAAGUUAUAGUAUCAGUCCGAACUCUCAUUUCCAUGUUCCUACCCGUACCCGGGGGGAUGGUAGGAAAUACCCAGAACUGGUACUAGACAAAGAGCUUGAUCGUGAGGAGCAGGCUGAGCUCCGAUUAACCCUCACAGCACUGGAUGGCGGCUCUCCACCCCGGUCUGGCACUGCUCAGGUUCACAUCUUGGUAUUGGACGUCAAUGACAAUGCCCCUGAGUUUGCAAAGAUACUCUACCAGGUGCAGGUUCCAGAGAACAGCCCUAUAGGCAUGCUAGUUGUCAAGGUCUCUGCUAUAGAUUUAGACACUGGAACAAAUGGGGAAAUAUCAUACUCCUAUUUUUAUAAUUCCCAAGAGAUUAGCACAACUUUUGAGCUAAACAGCCUUUCAGGAGAAGUUCUUCUAAUUAAAAAAUUGGAUUUUGAGACCAUAUCUUCAUAUGAGCUGGAAAUAGAGGCGUCUGAUGGUGGGGGGCUUUCGGGAAGGUGCUCUGUCUCCAUUGAGGUGGUGGAUGUUAACGAUAACUUCCCAGAAAUAACUAUUUCAUCACUCACCAGCCCCAUUCCUGAAAACUCUCCUGAGACAGAGGUGGCCCUGUUUAGAAUUCGAGACCGAGACACAGGGGACAACGGAAGGAUGACUUGCUCCAUCCAGGAUGAUCUCCCCUUCGUCUUGAAACCAUCAGAAGAGAAUUUCUAUACCCUGGUAACAAAUGGGGCCCUAGACAGGGAGAGCCAGGCCGAGUACAACAUCACCAUCACCGUCACCGACCUGGGGAACCCCAGGCUGAAAACCCAGCACAACCUCACGGUGACCGUGUCCGACGUCAACGACAACGCCCCGGCCUUCAGCCAGACGACCUACACCCUGCGCGUCCGCGAGAACAACAGCCCCGCCCUGCACAUCGGCAGCGUGAGCGCCACCGACAGAGACUCGGGCGCCAACGCCCAGGUCACCUACUCGCUGCUGCCGCCCCACGACCCGCAGCUGCCGCUGGGCUCGCUGGUGUCCAUCAACGCGGACAACGGGCAGCUGUUCGCGCUCAGGUCGCUGGAUUUCGAGGCGCUGCAGGCGUUCGAGUUCCGCGUGGGCGCGGCCGACCGCGGCUCGCCGGCGCUCAGCAGCCAGGCGCUGGUGCGCGUGCUGGUGGCGGACGCCAACGACAACGCGCCGUUCGUGCUGUACCCGCUGCAGAACGGCUCGGCGCCCUGCACCGAGCUGGUGCCGCGGGCGGCCGAGGCGGGCUACCUGGUAGCCAAGGUGGUGGCGGUGGACGGCGACUCGGGCCAGAACGCCUGGCUGUCGUACCAGCUGCUCAAGGCCACGGAGCCCGGGCUGUUCGGCGUGUGGGCGCACAACGGCGAGGUGCGCACGGCGCGGCCGCUGAGCGAGCGCGACGCCGUCAAGCACAGGCUGCUGGUGCUGGUCCGGGACCACGGCGAGCCGCCGCUGUCGGCCAGCGUCACGCUGCACGUGCUGCUGGUGGACGGCUUCUCGCAGCCCUACCUGCCGCUGCCGGACGCGGCGGCGGCCGAGGCCCGCGCCGACCCGCUCACCGUCUACCUGGUGGUGGCCUUGGCGUCCGUGUCGUCGCUCUUCCUGUUCUCGGUGCUGGUGUUCGUGGCGGUGCGGCUGUGCAGGAGGAGGCGGGUGGCGUCGGGGGGCGGCUGCUCGGUGCCCGAGGGUCCGUUUCCGGGCCACCUGGUGGACGUCAGCGGCGCGGGGACCCUGUCCCACAGCUACCAGUAUGAGGUGUGUCUGACGGAAGGAUCUGGGACCAAUGAGUUCAAAUUCUUGAAGCCUAUCUUCCCCAAUAUUCUGAACCAAGACCUUAGGAGUAAGUCAGAGCCAAAUCCAACCUUCCGGAAUAGCUUAGGUAUCUGAAACUUUCCUGUUCACUUUUCUGUUAGUUUUGUCUCCUUCACCUUUCUGUUUCAUUUUUUAAUCCAGUAGUAAUUUUAAUUGUACUUUCACCCUCUUUUUCCAUAGUAAAUUUACUCUUUGUUUUUGUUGGCCUGAUUAUCCUAUGAUUAUUUUUCCAGGUAUUGUAUUAUUAGUAGACAUUAUAUAUCAGGAAAUUAAUAUCUCUGUUUAAAAUUUUUAUAGUCAUUCCUAAAGGAUAAUAUGAAAAUUAACCUCUCAUAAUAUACAAUUCUGAUUUUCAAAGUAUUUUACUAACUAUAUGACAGUACUUAAGAACGUCCAAUUCCUGGGGUGCCUGGGUGGCUCAGUUGGUUAAGCAUCUGACUUUUGAUCUCACCUCAGGCCUUGAUCUCAGGGUCAUGAGCUCAAACCCUGUCUUGGGCCCCAUGCUGGGAAUGGAGCCUACUUUAAAAAAUAGAGGAAUGUCUGAUUCUUUGUUUACAUACUUCAUUUUUAAAUUACUGGAAGGCUUUUAGGUUUUAUAAGUAACAUAGCUAUGACUUUUGCAUAACUCUUUAUGUGUUUGGGGUGGAAUCAAUUUGUAUUUACCCAUGUCCAGUUUUUCCAAGCUCCUUCUGGAUUUUUGUUUUACAAAUAGACAGCAAUGUGUAUGUUUCCGUGCUACUUAUUUCAAAAAGUCACAGUUGUAAGCAUUAGAUUUUCACUAUGAAAUACAUAUGUCACAUCAUGAAAAUAAAUCUUUAUCAUGCCUUCUUUCUGAGAAAUUCAUGUUGAAAAAACAUUUGAGUUCUUACAUUUAACUUACGAUCCUGAUAAAAGUCCUAGACAAAUUUACUGAUGCUCAGGUUGUGUUUAAGGUGUAUCUGUAUACUCUAAUGGCUCUAGUGCCAGGUAGGGCAUUGCUUGCAAUUAUCUGCUAUGAUUGCAGAGUAAUUCUCAUGUGACUUCCAAGUUCUGGGCCAAGAGGAGCUUUUGAUGGCACAACAUGCCAAUAUCCACUUGCCUUUGGAUGAUGACAUUGUACUUGUUGUUAAGGGAUUUGAAAGAAAAUACAUUACAUGUUUAAUAUUAGUUAACCAAGGAAAACUUAUUAAAUAAUACAUUGGUGGGGGUGUUGAAUGAUUUAAAGAAAUAAUCAACUGUGUUGACUCCUUUAGCUCCAGGAAGCCUCCUAAUUUUGCAGAUGCUAUAGAAUGGUGUGGUAGGCAGAAUAAUGGCUCCAUAAAGACCUCUACAUCCUAAUUCCUGGAACUUAUAAAAUGUUAAGCUUUAUUGUAAGGGGGAAUUAAGGUUCAGAUGGAAUUAACCUGUAAAUAAGGAGAAUAUCCCAGAUGCUCCGUGUGGGCCUGAUUGAUCAGCUGAAAGCCCUUAAGAGCAGAGCAGAUCCGAUUCUUCCCUGAGAUGCAGAGGAAAUUCUGCCUGUGGGCAGGGGCUUCAUCUUGUGUCCCAAAGUUCCAGCCAGCCCUUUAAUUGCCUGUCCUACAAAUAUUGGACUUGCCUAGCCAUCUCCCACAAUUGAGGAAGUCACUUUCUUACAACAAAUUUCUCAUGACAUAUCUCCUGCUGAUUCUGUUUUUCUGGUUGAACCCCAAAUGAUACAGAUUUUGGUACAUGGAAGUAGAGUACUGCUGUAACAAAUUACUGGAAAAAGCCUACAUUGCUUUGGAUAGUUUAACAACUCUGCUAUCAAAGUCUCAGAAGGAAGUAAGGAACAUGAUGGAGAAAACAUAUGUUGCCAUAUAGAAUACAUAAAUCAGGGUGCCUGGUUAAGUAAGUUAAGUGUCUGACUCUUGAUUUUGACUCAGGUCAUGAGAUCAAGCCCUACAUCUGGCUCCAUGCUGAAUUUGGAGCCUACUUAAGAUUCUCUCUCUCUCUCUUUUCCUCUGCCUCCUCCCCUCACUUUCCAGUACUGGCACUCUGUCUCCCCACCCUUCCUCCCACCCUUUCUCUCUCUCUCUCUCUCAAAAAAAUACCUAAAUCAUUGUAAAGAUAAUGAUGAUAGAAAUAUGGAUGUUAACAUCAGUGUUGGUGAGAGAUCAGACAGAAAUGAGGUCCAGCCCAGUUUCUUCUUGUUGCUUAUAAUGUUUGAGAAUGAGAUAGAUGGAGGGAAGAACUGUUAAGCUUUUAAAAGGGACUAGAACUUGGUAAUGUGGUAAAUUCUAAGACUAAUCAGAUUGUACACAGGGCUCAAAUUAGGAACGUAUAUUCUAGAUAAAAAGCCAAGGGGUCACAGGACAAUCUUUUGCUGGUGCCUUGAAAGGAUUAAAAGAAAAGAGCAUUCAGUCACACAGCAAGUUCUUGCAAGAGGUUAGGACUGUGAUUCAUGGAAAGCCCAUCCAUUCCAGCAGAAGUCAGAGAUAGAGAUGAGAAUACCCAGGAAAUAACUGAGAAGCAGCUCAUUGUCUAGGAGAGAAAAUCCCUGUUAUACACAUGGGACUCAAAAAGUUCCUGAGACUGUUAUACCACCAGAAAUAUUAGCAGCUUGAAUGGGAAGAGACAGAAUGAUUAAAAAAAAAAAAAGAAGCCUAUUAUACUGCACAAUUCUAUAAGCAAGAAAUUAUUGGAAAAACUAGUAGCUAAAAACAUAUACUACUCUUUCAUGAAAAAGGAAAGAUGGUUGAUAGGAGAGAGCCUGGAGCCCAGAGGGUAGAGGUCCAAACCCAGGCCUUGAGAGGCAUUAGAGGCUUCCUGUAUGGAUUUUGAUGUUUCUUAGGGCAUAUGACUGACUGUUUCUACUUUCCACUUUCUGUUUUUGAACUGGAAUGGCUGUUAACUGUAAUCCUAUGCCUGUCCUAUCGUGAUACAGUUUAGAGAGCCAAUAAUUUGUUUAGUUUCACUGGUCCACAGAUGGAGAGGAAUUAUGCCCAGGGUGAGUAGUUCUAGAGUCUCACUCAUACCUAAUUUAGAUGAUGUAUGAAAUUUUUGAGUUUUUGAGUUGGUGAAAUUUAAGUGAAAUUAUGCACCGAGUUGAUAACUUUAAUGAGAUGAGAUCUCUUCAGACCUUAAAUACAUAUGUAUUUUUACAUGGGAUGGAUGUAAAUCUUUGGGGGUCAGAAAGUGGACUUCAGUAAGGAAAAUAAUGGCCCCAUAAAGUAUCAGUGUCCUAAUCUGUGUAACUGUAUCAUUUGUUAUGUGGCAAAGAGAAAUUGGAGUUGCAGAUAGGAAAAAGGUUGACAAUCUGCUGACCUUAAAAUAAAGAGAUUACCCUAGAUUAUGCAGGUCGGUCCAAUGUAAUCACAAGAGCCCUUACUUAGUAAGAGGUGGUAGAAGCAGAAGAAUCAGUGUCAGAAUGAUGUUUUACAGAAGACUCCACCAGCCUUUACUGAUUUUGAAGAUGGAAGGGAGCUGCCAGUGAAGGAAUGCAGGCAUUCCUAGAAGCUAGAGAGGCAAAAAUAAUUCCCCAUUAGGGCCUCCAGAAGGAAAUGCAGCCCUAGCUUAAAUGUAGCCCAGUGAAACCCAUUUUAGACUUCUGACCUCUAGAGCUAUAAGAUAAACUAGCGUUUUUAAGCCACAAAGUUGGUGGUAAUUUAUUACAGCAAUGAUUUCUAAAAAAGCCAUUUCUUUUUUUUUUUUAAGAUUUUAUUUAUUUGAAAGAGAGAAAGAGAGAGGGAACACAAGCAGCAGGAGUGUGGGCAGGAGAGAGAGAGAAGCAGACUCCCUUUUGAGCAGGGAGCCUGAUGCAGGCCUCCAUCCCAGAAUCCUGGGAUCUUGACCCAAGCCAAAGGCAGACGCCUAGUGACUGAGCCACCUAAGCAUCCCUUAAAAAGCCAUUUCUGAGUCCAUUUUUCUUUGCCUUCCCCUACUCUAGACCAAAAUAUUCACAUUCCCAUAAUCUCUUGCAGGUAACCGUAUCCUAGUACUCAGCUAUUGCUAGUGGUUUAAAAGUGAAAUUGGGGCAUCAUGCUUAAGGGAAUUUCUUCUUCUUCUUUUUUUUUUUAGCGUCUUAUUUUUUCCUUUUUAUUUUUUAAAAGAUUUUUAUUUAUUUAUUUGACAGACAGAGAUCACCAGUAGGCAGAGAGAUGGGGAGGGAAGCAGGCUCCCUGCUGAGCAGAAAGCCCAAUGUGGGGCUUGAUCCCGGGACCCUGAGAUCAUGACCUGAGCUGAAGGCAGAGGCUUUAACCCACUGAGCCACCCAGGCACCCUUUCUCUUUUCCUUUUUUAAAUUGAAGUAUAGUUGAUACGCAACGUUAAAUUAGUUUUAGGUGUACAACAUAGUGAUUUAAUAACUCUAUGCAUUAGGCUUUACUGAUCACAGGUGUAAUUACCAUCUCUCACCACACAAUGCUAUUACAAAACCAUAUUCCACUAUAUUCCUUACGCUGUACCUUUCAUCCACCUGAAUGACACAUUCCAUAACUGGAAGCCUGUAUCUCCCACUCCCCACUCUUCUUUAUCCGUUCUGCUCAUCCCCCUAUCCCUUCCCUCUGGAAAACACCAGUUUGUUCCUUGUAUUUGUGGGUCUCUUCUUGUUUCUGGGAGGGGGGGUUGUUUGUUUAUUCAGGGUUGGGUUUUUUUUUUAGAUUUACAUGUAAGUGAAAUCAUAUGGUAUUUGAUUCUGUCUUAUUUCACUUAGCUUAAUACCCUUAGGUCCAUUGACGUUGUUGCAAAUGGUGAUAUCUCAUUCUUUUUUAUGGCCGAAUAAUAUUCUACUGUAUAUUUGUAUCCUAUCUUCUUUAUCCACUCAACUAUUGGUGGACCCUUAGGUUGCAUCCAUAACCUUGUCUAUUAUAAAUAAUGCUUCAGUAAACAUAGAGGUGCAUGUAUCUUUUUGAAAUAGUGUUUUUGUUUUCUUUGGGUAAAUAACCAAUGUGUAAUUACUGGAUUGUAUGGUAUUCCCUUUUUAAAAAAUAUUUUAUUUAUUUAUUUGACAGACAGAGAGAGUGAUCACAAGUAAGCAGGGAGGCAGGCAGAGGCGGAGGAGGGAAGCAGGCUCCCUGCUGAACAGAGAGCCCAAUGCGGGGCCCGAUCCCAGGACCCUGAGAUCAUGACCUGAGCUAAGGGCAGAGGCUUAAACCCACUGAGCCACCCAGGCGCCCCUGGUAUUCCCUUUUUUAAAGAUUGUAUUUAUUUGAGAGAGAGAGAGAGAGAGAGAGAGAGAGAGAGCGCGCGCGCGGUGUCGGGGGAGGGGCAAGGGAAGAGGGAGAAGCAGACUCCCCAUUGAGUGCAGAGCCUCAUGCAAGCCUUGACCCAGGCCCCUGACAUCAUGACCUGAGCUGAAGUCAGACACUUAAUCGACUGAGCUGCCCAAGUGCCCCUGUAUGGUAUUUCUAUUUUUAAUUUUUUGAGGAGACACUGUACUGUUGCCCACAGUGGUAGCACCAAGUUACCUUUCUACCAGUAGUGCAGGAAAAUUUCUUUUCUCCACAUCCUUGCCAACACUUGCUAUUUCUUGUCUUGUCGAUACCAACCUUUCUAAGGUAUAAGGUGAUAUCUCAUUGUGGUUUUGGUUUGCAUUUCUCUGAUGAUUGGUGAUGUCAAGCAUCUUUUCAUAUGUGUAUUGGACAUCUGAAUGUCUUCUUUGAAAUGAUGUUGAAGUCCUCUGCCCAUUUUUUUUAAAGAUUUUACUUAUUUAUUUGACAGAGAUCACAAGUAGGCAGAGAGGCAGGCAGAGAGAGAGGAGGAAACAGGCUGUUCGCAGAGCAGAGAGCCUGAUGCAGGGCUCAAUCCCAGGACCCCGAGAUCAUGACCUGAGCCGAAGGCAGAGGCUUUAACCCACUGAGCCACGCAGGUGCCCCAUCUCUGCCCAUUUUUAAAUUGGAUUAUUUGGCUUUUGGUGUUAAGUUGUAUGGGGUUUUUUUGAGAGAGAGAGAGAGAGAGAGAGAGAGAGCGAGCUUGCACAGGUGCAAGAGCCUGACCCAGGGCUCCAUCUCACAAUCCUGAGAUCACGACCUGAGCUGAAACCUAGAGUCAGAGGCUUAACCACUUGAGCCACCCAGGUGCCCUGAGUUGUGUAAGUUCUUUAGGUAUUUUGAAUAUUAACCCCUUAUCGGUUGUAUCAUUUGCAAAUAUCUUCUCCCAUUUAGUAGGAUGCCUUUUUUGUUGUUAAUGAUGGUUUCCUUUGCUGUGCAAAAGCUUUUAAUUGGGGUAUAAUUAAGGCAAAUAUUUUUCAAAGGGCUAGUCUGAGGUGGCAUGUUCCUGGGGUCUUUUUUGGCCAUUUCCUUUUUUAUAACCAGCCUGGAUAUUGGAGAAUAAGCCUUGAGUUGAAGCAGGCAGCUUGCAACCCUGAGAUGUCUACUCUGGUCUACUGUGGCUGACUUUGUAUCUUUAUUCAGUCAUUUUUCAAUUUAGCUAAUACAAACAUACACAAACAACUGAACUUGGAAAGGAAUAUUCCUGGCUAGUACCACCCCAAAAGUUGAGUUGUGAAGAAUAGAAUGAGAAAGUGAACAGAUAAGCUACUCUUUAAACCUACAGGAGUUGUGUGCUGACAAAAUGACUAUGAUGUUUAUGAAGUAAUCCAGAACUGAUUUCCUUCUCAGUCAGAGAAGUAGCAGGGCCAAAAAAAUUUUUUUAAAGAUUUUAUUUAUUUAUUUGACAGACAGAUCACACGUAGGCAGAGAGGCAGACAGAGAGGGGGGGGAAGCAGGUUCCCACUGAGCAUGAUCAGUGAGGCUCUGUACCAGGACCCUGAAAUCAUGACCUGAGCCAAAGGCAGAGGCUUAACCCACUGAGCCACCCAGGCGCCCCUAGAUCCUUUCUUUAUCUAAUAUUUGGGUAUUUUAUUCAUAAUGUAUUAUUUUCAUAAAGUUUGAUUUUUUUAGAAUAUUGCAUUAAACAGUAUCUAUCUUUAAUACCAAGUUUUGGGGAUACCCAUUAAUUUUGAUUCUGAGACACUAACCUUACCCUAGUCCUGGUCCUAUUGAUUGUUUCCAACUUGCAAGUUCAAGUGGCCAUUGCAGUACUAGUGAUGCCAUCACAACUGGAAUCUGAGCUCCAAAAUAUGAAUCAAGUCUUCCUCCAUUCUGAAUAUGGGAUAGUGGCAGCAACAGUAGAAAAAUACAGAGGUAUCCCAUGAGAUCCAAUGAACUGGAGUCCUGCAGAGUGGGAGGAGAAGAGCACCUCUAUGGCCAUAAUUAACCAGGCAGAAUGUUUAAGUUUUUCUUCCAGGUGGCAUGCAGCUGUGUGAAAAAUGUGAUAUCUAAUUAGGUAGAUUAAAUUUGCUAAGAAUGUUGUUGAGUGUUUUGCAUUUGUGUUCAUGAGGGAUAUUGAUCUAUGCAUUUUUUCAUGUUAUACUCUUAGCAGGUUUAGUUUCAGGAUUAUACUGGUCUCAUAACAUGAUUUGGCAAUUAUUUCCUCCUUUUUUUAAUGAGAGAAUUUGUGUAAGAUUUUUAUUAUUUCCUCUUUAUGUAUUUGAUAGAAUUUACCACAGGUGACAUCUGUGGCUAACAUUUUCUUUGUGGAAAAAUUUGAAUUGCAAAAUAAAUUGCUUAAGUAGAUAUCCUACAAUUCUGGUUUUCUGUUUCUUCUUGUGUCGGUAACAUGUUUUUUAAACAAUUUAUCCAUUUUAUCUAAGAUGUUAAAUGUAUUGACAUGAAGUUAUUGAUAAUACUCCUUUUUCAUCUUCUCAAUAUAUUUAGGAUCAAUAGUGAUGUACCUCUUUCUUUCUGGUAUUGGUAAAAUAUAUAUUCUCUCCUUUUGUCUUUAUCAAUAUUGCUUUAUCAGUAUCAAUUUUGUUAAUCUUUAAAAAAAUCUUUGUCAUCUUCAUAUUCCUGUUUUCUGUUUCAUUGAUUUCCACUCAUAUUUUAAUUUCUUUUUCUAUACCUACUUUAUUUUUUUAAUAUUUUAUUUAUUUAUCAUUUGAGAGAGAGAAUGAAAGAGACAGAGCAUGAAAGAGGGGGAGGGUCAGAGGGAGAAGCAGACUUACUGCAGAGCAGGGAGCCCAAUGUGGGACUCGAUCCUGAGACUCCAGGAUCAUGACCUGAGCCAAAGGCAGUCGCUCACCCUACUGAGCCACCCAGGUGACCCAUCUAUACCUACUUUAGAUUUAGUUUUCUCUUUUUCUGUUUCUCUGAAGGUUUGGAUCACUGACACUAGACUUUUUUGUAUAGAUUAAAAUAUAUAAAUAUGUAAAUUAAAGCUAUACCUUUCUCUCUAUGCAUUACUCAAGCUAUAUUUCAUGAAUUUUGAUAAAUGGUGGGUUUUUUUUUUACCAUUGAGUUUGAAUUUACUUAUAAUUUCCCUGUUGAUUUAUUUGAUCUAUUGGUUAACUAGAAGUAUGUUGCUUCAUUUCCAAAUAUCCAGAGAUAACAUUUUCACAUUCAAAAUAACUCUGUUUUGGUCUAAGAACAUAACUCUGUAUGAUUUCAAUCCUUUAAAAUUUAUUGGGUUUUGGUUGUUAUCCAACAUAUGUUUGAUCUUUAUGAGUUUCUCAUGUGUACUUGAAAUAAAUGUAUGUAUAGUAUUCUAUAAAUACCAAUUAAACCACGUUGCUUGAUAAUUUUAA